UCCCAUGAAAACAUUCGCCAGCUCCCGGAUGCACGCGGUGUCUUCUGGGCCUUGCGCGUGUUCCAUUUCCUUUCUUUCCGACAUCUUGACUGAGCAGCAUCAUGCCUCCCAAGGACGCGAAAAAGGGGAAGGACUCUGGGAAGUCCAAAAAGGACAAGGACCCAGUCAACAAGUCUGGAGGCAAGGCCAAGAAGAAGAAGUGGUCCAAGGGAAAAGUGAGGGACAAGCUCAACAACCUGGUUCUCUUCGACAAGGCCACCUACGACAAGCUGUACAAAGAGGUGCCCAACUACAAGCUGAUCACACCAGCAGUGGUGUCUGAGAGGCUGAAGAUCAGAGGCUCCCUGGCCAGGGCUGCCCUCCUGGAGCUGCUGGGCAAAGGCAUGAUCAAGCUGGUCUCCAAACACAGAGCACAGGUCAUCUACACGCGUAACACCAAGGGUGGUGAUGAGGAGGGUGCCGUCGUGAAGGAUGCGUAGAGAGUCUGAUGCUGUUGCCUGGAUAUUUGUAAAUGGAAAAUUGAAUAAAAACAACAA